CUACCUCAAAGCAUAUCUUGCAUAGAAUAUUGAUUAAUUAAGAAAGCUCUUAGUCAUUCAUUUGCUAGCUCCAAUAAUGGGUUCUAGCAGAUUGUCAUUCAUUUUAGCACUUGUGCUUGUAACAUUUUCAUUCAUCAUGAUCAUUGACUCAAGGGUUGCAGAGGCACGUACCCUGCCAAAAUCAGCCUUAUUGCCUUCCAAAGUUUAUAUACCUACUGUUCCUCUUCCUACUCUGCCAUUACUGCCAAAGGAAGAGUUGCCUGUUUCAGUCCCUCCCGUUACUGUGCCUGACCUACCAAUUCCUGAAGUACCUAAAGUACCAAUUCCUGAACUCCCUAAAGUACCAGUGCCAAUUCCCAACCUAAUAGUUAAUAACGCCAUAAUCCCUUGAGUACCUAUGAUCUAUCCAGUCACUACUACUUAUUUUGCUCUAGUCACUUGCUAAAAUGUAUUUUUUAUAAUUUGCUGUUGCUAUUUCAGGGUGGUUCUGUUGGGGUUUAAUUUGUACCUGAUGUGUCAUUCAGUUAAAUGUUAUGUUCAGUUUAUAUGUUGUUUCAGUCAGUUGGACUUCAGCAUAUUAUUUAUUUUGAUCUGUAAUGUAUCAACUUUUCAUCUUCUAGUUCAAUAACUUUUUGAAUUUCUGAAUACUGUGAUCAUGGAGGCAGAAGUUUCUUUCAA